AUGUCCACUCUUCUACCAUUUGAUGCCAUUUCCGUCGCAGCCGCAUCGAAGCUUGAUCCUUCCCCGUUGUCGUCCCCCGUCAGCAGCAUUGCGACUAGUGUCGCAGCUAAUCGCAAUCACCACAGGUUACCUGAACUUCGUUCAGGCGUCGCUUUCGCGCAUCCAUCGCCCCAGCUGAAACGUCUUGUCUUCUCGCACGCGAGUCCUCACCGCAUCUCCCGCCAAUUUCUCAUUGUUGCAACCACAUCCUCCUCAUCCUUCCCAACCUCGUCUCAACUCCCCGCGUUUCCCGGAAUGUCUGCUGCGGACUCUCAGUCGCCGGCAACUGUGCCGGAGCGUGCCAUCCGCUUUACAGUAACUAACGGCGACGGCAGCAAGCUCUCCGCGUUUCUAGUGGAGCCGAACGCGGAUCUCCCCGAUCCGACGCUCCCGGACGGUGCGAUGCGUGAAAGCGCGAAUGGCGGCGAUCGCAGCGUCGCGGAUGGCAGCGCGAAAGUGGUGAUCAUCUGCCAUGGGUUCCGGUCUACUAAGCUGAGCUCCACGGUGCAGAAGCUGUCAGAUGCGAUCCUGGCCGCAGGAUUUGCCACUGUGCGAUUCGACUUCUCUGGAAACGGGGAGAGCGAGGGCGCGUUCGCAACGGGCAACUACCGGCACGAGGCAGCUGAUCUACACUCCGUGGUGGAGUGGGUGCGGGCGCAGGGCAGGCACGUGGAGGCGGUCGUUGGGCACAGCAAAGGUGGCAACUGUGUGUUGCUGUAUGCCUCUUUGUACAAGGACGUGCCCAAGGUCAUCAACGUCAGCGGCCGCUACGACCUCUCAAGGGGCAUCAAGGAGCGAUUUGGGGAGGAGGGAAUGGCGAAGCUGGAGGAGGAGGGGCAGUUAACCCAGCAGGACAAAUAUGGCUCAUACAUUGUAACGAAAGAGAGUAUUCAAGAGCGCCUUGCAACGGAUAUGGCUGCUGCGGCACGUGCCAUCCCACCAUCUUGCAGUGUGUGUACAAUCCACGGAUCAGAAGACGCCACAGUGCCAGUUGAAGAUGCGAGCUCUUUCCACACUGAUGUUCCCAACCAUCACCUUCACAUCAUUGACGGUGCCUGUCAUAACUUCAGGAUCCACGGUCAGGAAUUGGUGGCGGGCGGAACUAUCACUUCCGCCUCCCUUUCCGCCGUCCGUGCAACAACUCUGCGAAUCCGCAAAAUGGUCCUUAGCGGAAAAGCGCCCCCGCGCACCCUGCGGGGCAAUUCCAAGAAUGUUCACCGUCCAUCCACUCCUCUCGAUAUUAUUUGUCAAACCGUGCGUGCAUCGCGGCUGAUGGUUGGCACAAUGAAGGUUCCUUUGAAGGUGCUGUCCCGGUCCGUGACCGUUCUCGCUUUCUCGCUGCUCGCUGCAAUCUCCGCCGUUGGCGCGUCCACAGGAGGCCUCGAUGCCGUCCCCGUGCGCAUUGACUGCGGCAGCGCACAGCCAUCCGUGGCAAACGGAGUGGAGUGGCAGGCGGACGCGUUUUUCGACGGCGGGGAGGCGGUGCAGCUGCCCGCGGGCAACGAGUCGCGCCUCGCGUCCCCCAUCGAGUCCUCGCUGCGCGCCUUCCCCCCGUCCACCAGCCAGUCCGGCCAGGGCGGCGGCUGCUACAACGUCCCGCUCACCACCGGCGCGCGAUACCUCGUCCGCGUCGGCGUCGCGUAUCGGAACUACGACGGCGCGUCAUCGCCUCCUUUUUUCGACAUUAGAAUCAACGGGCUACUCGUGAAGACCCUCACCCUCCCAGCCGUCGAGCCGCAGUUCCCAUCGUCUGCUUUCUACUCCGAUUUCCUGGUAUACGCGCUACAGGGCUCCAUCUCCGUCUGCUUUACGCCUUUCCUCGGCGCGCCUUCCUCCACCCCAUUGGUCAAUUCCCUCGAGUUCCUCCCGAUCCGCCCGGAGACAUACGACGCAGCCAGCAUCGGCACCGAUGCUAUCCUCACCACCUUGCUCCGAAUCAAUUUUGGAGGCCCGGAGGUUACCGAUGCUGAGGACGUUGGUUACCGAACCUGGGCUCGCGACGUCAACCCUGGCGUUCCAGGAGGAGGCCCCACCAGGGGCCUGCAGCCGCUGCAGUUUGCCACCCUAUCCACCACCCAGUCCAUUUCAAAUGCAGGGUCGCCGCCCGACGAGCUGCCCGCGCAAAUCUUUCAGUCUGCCCGGGUGGGUAAGGACGCAGGUGUGGGCCGCGCAACGGGGUUUAUUUACCGAAUGGACCCACAGAACCCGCUCCACCUGUUCUACGUGCGGCUACACUUUGCGGAGAUAGAGGAGGGGGUGAAGCAGGGAGACCGGCGGUUUGACAUCAAACUGUCGCAGGAUAGCAUCUUUGGCCACGAGGGUGAGCACAUGGACGAAGAUACAGUGGACCAGCAGGGAAAGCUCUGGCCCAACGGGUUUGACAUCAUUGAGGCUGCUAACGGGUCUGCCUUUAAGGGGGUUACUCUGCCGAUAUUCUUCAAUUACUCGGUGUAUGCGGAGAAUUACGGACGCGAGCUGCGGGUGUGGCUGCCUGCUAUGCCGGACUCGCCCAAGCCCCCUCUGCUGUCUGCUGUGGAGCUUUACGAGAUCACGCGCACUCCUGUUGAUGGAUACGUGUACCGAGGCAUGACAGGCAGUGACAUUGCAGGCAUCGUGAUGGCAUGCGUCUUUGGUGUCAUUUUUGUGCUGCUCCUUGCAUGGCUCCUGGCCGCCCGCUUCACUCGCAGCUCCCGCCAGUAUGCCAUCUUUGGCGCUUCCGGUAAACACAACCGCGGCAGCAAUAUCUAA